AUGUUCCGUUUAGAAUCGGCCACCUCCGACUUGGCCGGGAAGAGUCUGUUCAAGAACUUGGACACAAGACUUAGGAUUAUCCUAAGCCUCUAUCAAUUGUUGGAUCUCGCUGGUUCUAUUGAAAUUCGGUUGUUGCGGGCACGGAAUCGAGUUUCUCACAUGGAUUUGACUCCGGAUCCAUUCCUUGAAGUUAGCAUAGCAGUCACUUUCUUUCGGAAGAAAGGCAACAAAAUGUUGAAGAGUACGAGUGAAGAUAGAGAGCUCAAUAGCACUAUCAUGGUUGCUCUUAACUCCAACAAACUAGCAAAUUCCGUUGAUCUCUCUCAAGAGUAUUUCUACUACUAUGAUGAAAUUGAUGAUGAUGUAAAGGUACUUGAUUUUAUGCCUCAAUUCACUCUUAGCAAACAAAAAGAACCCAUUUUUGGAGAUUCGAUCAUUGAAAAUGGUCAAUCUUCGAAUUCUCAAAUUGACCCGAUUUUGUUUGUGAAAUCCAUGUUAAACCCAUGA